AUGAGUGUAUUGCGUCGGAGGGCUGACGAAGGCACGGAGCAGCCUUCGGACGUGUCGAUGCAAAGAAUUCAUCUUGCGCAAGAGGCGUUCGUAAAGGCGCUUUCGAAGCGUCCUUCUAAACGCCUCAGAGUCUCCGCCACAGACGAGGAGGCAUGUGCUUCGUUAUAUUCGCCGAGCGACUUCGCUGAACUGGUCUCAACCCAGGAACAAGGCCACUCGUUUACGGUCGCAACGACAUCGGCGGCACCGAGGGGCGGCAGGCUCGCCUCGAUUACAGGCGAUUACAUCGCGCAUCUGCCGGUGGAAACUGUGCAGGCUGUCGCGAAGCCGCUCUUCGACGACGACGACCUGCACUCCUUGUCUCUCGUGAACAAACGGCUCCACGUCAUCGUCACACCGAUUCUGCUCAAGCGGAAGGGUCUCAAGGCGAACGGGGAACGUGUUUUAACGCUCUCUGACGAGGAUGCGUUCACCGGCCUUUGUAUCCUAUGCAGGUGGCUCGAGUUCCAUCCCCCGUCGUUCAUGUUACUCGUGUUUUCACCUAUCGCGGACCGCGCAGAGGUGCAAUGCCGUGCGGUUCUCGACUUCUUUAGCGUCAUGCGAUCCAAAACCGUCGCCGUUGAAACCGUCUUCCUCAGCUUCUGCAGCGAUGCCAAACUGGAGUGCUGGAGGGCCCUCUUUGAAGGCGUCAUCGAAUCCGGUGUCUCCGAACUGCGAAUACAGCAAGACGACGUGUUACGCAACGUAGGGCCCUUCAAAUCUUUGAAGCGGCAUGCGACACCGGCGCAGCUCUAUCCGAACCUGAAGUCCUUCCGGCCUCAUGCGCCGGUCCUCUUCGACGAGGAGACCAUUCGGUGGACGUUACAGGUGAUCAACGCCUCCGCGCUCAGAGAACUCAGCCUCUCUAAGCAAUCCGAGAAGGCGUCUUGGUCCUCCCUCCUCUCGCACUUCAAGCUACCUUCUCUACGGGUUUUCACUGUCGAGGGGGUACUCUCUCUAUGCUCUCUCGAGUCCCUCUACAUCGGAGCGGACUCUGACUCGGAGCUCAAGACAUUCGUACCUCCCAAGCUACCCGCUCGUCACCAGGUCCUCCGCUGUCUGCGGACCCUAGAGGCCCCGUUGUCAAAAUUGCGGAUAUGGAACACCUCUCGUGGGUUUCCAUCGAAGUCCCUCAGGCUGUCGGGCAGUGCACUGCCCCGUGGUCCGGAUCCCUACCACUCGCUCACUCGCUUGGUAAUCUCUCAGAGCGGCGUCAAGGACGCUCACUAUCUUUUCAGCGAACACUUCAUGAUGACGCUUCCAAGCCUGCUACGUACAUUCUCCAGGAUCGAACAACUGGAAGUUGAAGAAGGCGCGAUCGACACGGAGGCUGAAGGGAGCGUGAAUCGUCAGGAUACGAUCAACGCUAUCGUAAAUGCGGGCUCUGUUCUGAUGUCUAUUGAGAUCAAGUCGGGUUCGCAUCUUCCGCGAGCGCUCAUCCACUGGCCGGAUCGGGACGAGCGGGCACGGGCGAUCGCCGGGCCGGGUAACCUGCCCUAA